GCAUGAUGGAGAGAGGCCACAAUAGGGACUCUGAGCAGUGCCGCGUGAAAGUCAAGGAGCUCAGACAAGCCUAUCAAAAAACAAAGGAGGCAAACGGUCGCUCCGGGUCAGAGCUGCGGACAUGCCGCUUCUACACCGAGCUGCAUGCAAUUCUAGGGGGGGCUGCCACCACUACCCCACCUGUGAUCGUGGAUUCUGGGUCGGGGAUAGUCUCAUCAGCGACGCCUGAGGAUUCUGCCGAUGGGGGAGAGGAGGAGGAGGAGGAUGAGGAUGAGCUUGCAGAGAACACACAGCACUCCGUUCUCCCCAACAGCCAGGAUCUUUUUCUCACCCUGACUGAAGUACCCUCCCAACCCUCCCAAGCCAGUACCCAAGACUCUGACCCCAUGGAAGGGACCUCAGCAGCUGCAAAUUCCUCAAGCCUCCCUCCUCCAUCCCGAAGGUUAUCACAGAUAAGGCGUCGUAAGAAGAGAACGCGAGACGAGAUGUUUUCUGAAAUUAUGGAAUCCAGCCGCAGUGACAGAGCUCAUCUGAAUGAGUGGAAGGAAACAGUUUCAAAGUAUAGGAAAGAAGCCAGUGAACGUGAGGACAGGAGGGACCAACGUGAGGACAGGAGGGACCAACGUGAGGAGAGGAGGGACGCUCGAGAUGAGAGGUGACGGCAGGAAGACCAGAGGAGGCAGGAUGCAACGCUGGGGCUGCUGCGUGAGCAAACAGACAUGCUCCGGCGUCUGGUGGAGCUUCAGGAACGGCUGCUGGAAAACAGACUGCCGCUUCAGCCCCUGUUCCACCCUCCCCCCUCCCCAUGUUCCGUAUCCUCCUCACCCAGACGUGUAAGAACGCGGGGGGGAGGCUCCGUACACCUUCCCAUUCCACCCCAGUAGACAACCCAAGCAAAAGGCUGUCAUUUUUUUAACCUUUUCUUUGUGGCUUUUUCCUUCCCAGCAAUCCUCCUCCCAAAUACC